AUGCUGAACACAAGACGAUUAUUUCAGUUGAUAUCACCUACAUUAAAAUCAACAACAACAACAACAAGAACGAGGGUUGCACUUGCUUCUGUUCAUCCACGUACAAGCAAACAUUAUUUGUCAACAACUUCAGCUUGGCGUAGUAUCGCACAAGACAAGAAAUGCUGGCAAUGUCAAUCCACAAAUAAGCCUUCUGCAUUAUUCUGCGAGAAUACAGUGUGUAAAGUCAUUCAACCCAUUCCAGCCCAACUGAACUUCUUUCAUCUACUGCAAGCAGGCAAAGGAGACAACAAAGAUCAGCCUACAUUUGACAUUGAUUUGAAAGCAAUGCGUAGACAGUUUCUAAUGUUGCAACAAAAGGCACAUCCAGACAGCUUUUCUCAAGCACCCAAGAGAGAAUUAGACUAUGCACAAUUGCAAUCGUCCGUCAUCAACAAGGCAUACCACACGUUAAAAGAUCCCCUUAGCCGUGCGCAGUAUCUACUCAAGGAGCAAGGCAUCCAGGUGAAUGAAGGUGACUCAUUAAGCAAUCCUGAACUCUUGAUGGAGGUCAUGGAGUUUAGAGAGGAGCUGGAGGAAGCACAAUCAGAGGCAGACAUCAAGCCCUUGAAAGCACGGAAUGAUGAGAAAUACGCAGAAACGGUGCACAAGUUACAGUUGGCAUUUGAGAAAAAUGACUAUGAAUCCGCAAAGGAUUUGGCCAUUGAAUUACAAUAUUUGAAUAGCAUAAAAACUGCAAUUCUUGAAUGGCAUCAAUAA